CGAUGACGUGGUUAUGAUGCUCAGUCUACUCGCCUACUCGGUGAAAUAAACAUGGCGGUGUUGUCAACUACGAUGUCCUCAGUGCAGCAGCGCUAAAGAACUGCGCCAAACACAACAGAAGGGACGCCGGAUAUCGUUUUAGACAAAAUUUGCGGCUAACUGUCUUUGGACUGACACCAUUUUUACAAGUUGAGGUAGUGGAUCAUAACCAUCGCAAUGCCUCUGCUGUUUUUGGAGAGGUUUCCUUGGCCCAGCCUGCAGACCUACACAGCCCUGAGUGUGGCUUUGCUUGCUGGCAGCAUCUUCAGUGCCUACACCACUGUCACUGAUCCAGGGUUUAGUGCCUUGGAACCAGAAGAAACACCAGCUCCAUCUGAAAUGGAUCUGGACCAUCUGAACAGUGAUAUUAGUAACACAGAAUUAGCAACCACUGUCCUGUGGUACCUUGUCACUGACAGUCUUUUUGUUUGGGUAUUGGUGAACACUUUCUGCUGCUCUUUGAUGUUAAUUGCAAAAAUGAUUCAGUAUGUGGUGUUUGGCCCGCUAAGAGUCAGUGAGAAGCAGCACCUGAAAGAUAAAUUUUGGAACUUCAUCUUCUACAAGUUCAUUUUCAUCUUUGGCGUACUGAACGUGCAGACAGUGGAGGAGGUAGUCAUGUGGUGCUUGUGGUUCUCUGCCCUGGUCUUUCUCCAUCUCAUGGUUCAGCUCUGCAAAGACCGUUUUGAAUAUCUGUCCUUCUCGCCCUCCACACCGAUGAAUAGCCAUGUUCGGGUGCUUUGUCUGCUGGUCUCCCUGCUGCUGGACUGCUGUGGCCUGGCUGUGGUCUGUGGUCUGCUGGGAGCUUCUCAUGGCAUGCACACGCUCUCCUUUAUGGCAGCAGAGUGUUUGCUGGUGACCGUGCGCACUGGACAUGUCAUCAUGCGGUACUCCAUCCAUCUGUGGGAUUUGAACCAUCCAGGGACUUGGGAAAGUAAGGGAACGUAUGUCUACUACACGGACUUCAUAAUGGAGCUGGCCAUGCUCUUUUUGGACCUUAUGCACCAUAUUCAUAUGCUGCUUUUUGGUAACAUCUGGCUGUCCAUGGCGAGCUUGGUCAUCUUCAUGCAGUUGCGGUAUCUUUUCCAUGAGGUCCAGCGGCGCGUCCGACGACACAAGAACUACCUUCGCGUUAUCAACAACAUGGAGGCCAGAUUUUCUGUCGCCACUGCCGAGGAGCUGGCAGCCAAUGAUGAUGACUGUGCCAUCUGCUGGGAUACUAUGUUGACGGCACGGAAACUACCCUGCGGUCAUCUCUUCCACAACUCAUGUCUGCGCUCUUGGCUGGAGCAGGACACGUCGUGUCCCACGUGUCGUACAUCCCUGAACAUUAACGGGGACGGGGCCCAGGCGAGAAGCCAACAGCAGAGUGGAGGUUUGGAAGAGAACAUCGGCCCAGUUGGAGCUGCUCCAGAUGCUAGACCUCACAUCAACCACUUCUUCCACUUUGAUGGGUCUCGUAUUGCCAGUUGGCUGCCCAGUUUCUCAGUGGAAGUAAUGCACACUACUAAUAUCUUGGGCAUCGCUCAGGCCAACAACUCCCAGCUAAUGGCCAUGGCCCAUCAGAUUCAGGAAAUGUUCCCUCAGGUGCCGUCCUACUUGGUAAUGCAGGACCUGCAGUUAACCCGCUCUGUGGAAGUCACCACUGACAAUAUCCUCGAGGGACGCAUUCAGGUGCCUUUCCCAACACAGGCUAUAGAGCGUGGCCCUCUGCAGGUCAACCCUUCAUCAGAUGAACAGGCAGGGCCCAGUGGAGCAGCUGAUCAGGGCCUCAGUGAGCUGGACAACAUGGAGGUCAGAGGAGGCCGCUUCUCCAAAUCAGCCGAGGAGAGGCAGAAGAUGUUAAAGCAGAGGAAAGAAGAAAUGAUCCAGGAAGCACGCAGGAAAUUCCUGAAUAAGAGUCCAGAGGAACAGGAUGAUGAUUUACCCGGACUGGAGGAAGACAUGCUCCCAGAUUUGGACUUGACUGUGCUGAGACGUAGUACCAUGGCAGCAGCUGCAGAGAGACGCAUGCAAACCCAACAAGACCCUUCACCCUGAUUUACAGAUUGACUUCAGCAUCAAAGUCGCCCGUCGUCAUCCUCGCAAGAGGCGCUGACAGAACUGUUUCAUCCUUCCCCUAUUCGGCGUAGUCAGUGGUCAUCACCUAUUCAAAACUAUAACUAAAUAGCAUUGCAAACAUGGCCUUUGGACUGUUUUGGGCUACCUAAAAAAAAAAAAAAGAAAGAAAAAGAAAAAAGGUGAGACUAUUGUAAACGGCCUCUGUGUAACUGAUUCCAGUAUUUGGAGCAUUAUAUAAAAUUGAUGGGUGCAAGUCACGUAACGCAAGGUUGCACUGCCCUUUAUCCACGUGCCACAUAUUGCAACCACCAGCUUCUGUAGACAGUCGCAGUCUCUCUUGAUUUGAACUGGCUGUGAAAAAUGAGCAUGCUUUGCAUCCAGGAGACGAUUACAACGGAGUGUUUUGUCAAGCAAAGAGCUGGAAGGUGUCAUUGCUAGAUCGAGCUUCUAAAUGGGUCUUUGUUUUCGUUUUACCAGAUGUGUUUUCACUGUUUUUGCUCAUGGUGGAGAACUCGUGUUCUGGGUGGAGAAACUCAUCUGAUGUAUCUAUGUGUUACUUUAUGAGUUUCAACUGUGAAUUAAGUGUAGGCAAAAUAACAACACGUUUUUAUUUCUUACCUCGGAGUAAGAGAAUGUCACUUUAGUAUUGUUCAGCCUUUCUGUCAAAUAUGAAUGUUUCUAUCAACAUAAUGCUGCAAACAAAGUGUUUUUGACCCGUGUGGGUUGUUCUGUAUUUAGUGUGUAAUAUCAACCAUUGCGAACAGUUUGCAUUUAGUAAUUCAGCGAAGGGGGAAAAUGGGCACGUCAGUCUUUGUUUUCCAGUACAGGUCCCUUGAGAUGCGUAAGCAGCAAAGGGGGUUAUAUUACAUUUUGUACAAGUACAAUGGGUGUUGUCCUUUGUGUCUUUAAGUUACCCUCUGCUAAUAAGGCAGUUAAAAUCAUGUUUCCCCCCUAGAGUAUGGUCCUCUCUUUCUGCUUUUUAAUAUUAUGUAGAAGUAGUCAAGUCUGCAGCAGCUGGAGUUGCUGUUGUGUUUUGAAGAUGAUUUGCUACUCAUUCAAGAGUCACCAGUUUUAUUGGUGAAGUCCUUUUUCUUUCAGUAGAAAAGCUGAACCGUCUUGCGUGCGCCGCAAAAUAUUUUUGAAACUUAACACCAACAACCAGUUGACUUUGACUUAAUACUUUUAGAUCUUCUGCAAUCUUUACAGACAUUUUUAUGAUUAUUUUCAUUUGCACUGCCUCUCACACGGAUGAGAACUAAUUGAAAAGUCAUACCAGCAGUAAACACAAUCAUCUGUUUGAGGUUGAACUGUUCUACAUGACCUGGCCCACGCAAUUAUUUUUGGGGACUGUCAAAUUCAACUGAACCUGUAGCUGGUUGAGACAUAUCAAAGGACGCAAUGAUUUCCAUCAUUGCAGUUCAAAGGGCAGUUUGAGGUGAGAUGUGCAUGAAAAGUAGACAAGUGCUUUUGUUUCCUUCCACUUUAUCCCAAAGAGUAGCCCACAAACUUCCACUAAAAAUUGAAGUGUUCUGAUUUUCAUUGUGUUUUAAUUUCCAUUGCUCAAACACUGUUUGGGUGUGUAGUAACAAGGUUUAAUAUAGGAUUUAGGUUCUAGGUUUAAGCUAGUCAACGUGUAAAAAUCAAAACAAAAAAACUGGACAGUUUUCAUUUUUGUUGGUCAUUCAGUUAUUUAGCAACUUCAAAAAUCCAUGAUAUAUUUUUUUAUUCAUGGGUUACCUUUCAGAAACAUUACUUAUUUAAUCAAAACUGAAAUACUUUUUUUGUUUUUCGUUUUUGGACUGAGCUUUCCUGUAUUUUUGUGCCUAAAUCAAGAAUGGUUCAGAUGUGGAUAAUUUCUGUAAAUCUAGUUUUUGUAAAAUAUGUUACAGAAGACUCAAUAAACAGAGCUUCUACAGAUUUUAACAAAAAAAA